AUGGCAGAAUUUCCAAGGAGUCCUACGUGCUACGUCUGCCUCUCCAGCUACUCGGGUCUUCUGCAUAAAACACAGUCAACGGUGGAGCUGAGAGGAUCUGAGCAGGCUCACAGGGUGGUUGCAAGUUACAAACCUUCGAAGUUUGACAAAAAAAUCCUCCUCUGGACCGGACGUUUCAAGACAGAAGAAGAGAUUCCUCCGAGGAUCCCGCCAGAGAUGCUGGACAGGGCAAGAAACAAAGCUCGAGUUAAAGCUUGUUACAUCAUGAUUGGACUCUCAGUUGUUGCCUGUUUUGCAGUGAUUGCCUCAGCUAAAAAGGCUGCUGCACGUCACGAGUCCUUAACGAGCUGGAACUUGGCAAAGAAGGCCAAGUGGCGGCAAGAGGCCGCGCUAGCAGCGGAGUCGAAGACAAAGUAA